GGGUCCUGCGUGAGGUCACCACGGACUUCACGGUGGACGCUCGCUCUCUCACCCAAACGGGGGGCACCCACAUCCAAGUGCGGGUCAUUAACCCUUCGGGGGCCAAGACGGACACCUACAUCACCGACAACGGGGACGGCACCUACCGGGUCCAGUACACCCCCUUUGAGGAUGGUAUGCAUCUGGUGGAGGUGACAUAUGAUGACGUCCCGGUGCCCAAGAGCCCCUUCCGGGUGGGUGUCACCGAAGGCUGCGACCCCAGCCGCGUCCGUGCCUAUGGCCCUGGUCUCGAAGGGGGUUUGGUGAACAAGUCGAACCGCUUCACCGUGAAAACCAG